AUGUCUCCAGCUCCUUCAACACCGCCACUUCCACCGCCUCCUCCGCCUCCAGCUGCUACUUACCUUAAACCAAGGCGAACUUAUCAAGCUGUUGGACAGAAAGAGAAGGUGAUGAAGCCUCUUAUUGAAUUCGAUGAAAGUGAGUCUCCGAAGCCAGUAACACCACCGCCACCUCCUCGGCGACCACCAUCGCAGCUAAUUCAGACGGUUAAUAGAUCAGAACAAAGGCAUGCGAAAUUGGAACGUCGAAGAAGUAAUGCAACCAAAGAAAUAAAUAUGGUUUUUGCUUCUUUAAGGAAGAAGAAGAAGAAGAAGGCCAAGGAUCAUAAUCAUGAUCAUCAAUACGAUUAUACUCUGCAAUCUCGACGAAAACCACCGCCAUACUAUUCCACCACCAUUCCCCCACCGUCACCACCACCAAUGCCUCCACCACCAUCCCCCCCUCCUCCGACAUCUCCGCCUCCGCCUCCACCACCACCACCACCAUUUUCCGUCCCGAAAUUUAUGCAAAACACCAAAAUCCCACCAACGACACCACCAGCUGCACCACCAACACCCCCACCGGAACCUUCAAGAAGGCGAACUACGUGCAAGGCCAACAGGUGUAGGUCACCAUUGCCAACAAAAGCCAACACUAGCAGUUAUUAUGAGGAGAAUAUGAACAGCGGCGGGCAGUCACCAUUGAUCCCGAAGCCGCCACCUCCACCGACAUUUUCAAUGCCGGAACUUAAAUUUGUGUUCGGUACUAGUUCUCCGGACAUUGAGGAAGGCAAUUUUCCGCCAAGCGUGAUGGAGGGUAAUAAUGGAGGGGUUCCGGUGGUUUGUCCCAGUCCCGAUGUUAAUGCAAAAGCUGAAACUUUUAUUGCCAGACUCAGAGAUGGGUGGAAAUUAGAGAAAAUAAACUCCAUGAAAGAGAAGCAAAUGAUCCAUUAA